AUGGAUUCUGGUAUGUCCUGGGCUGAUCAAUGGGAUAACAACCCCGACCCACCACCACCGGGAUCAUCAGAGAAUGACAAGAAGAAGGGCAAGGAUGGAUCAAAGAGCAGUUUCGGGAAGGCAAUUUUAAGCUUCAAGUGGGUGGAAAAGCUCCGGAAGAAAUCUGCGAAAGAAUCAGAUUCAUAG